AUGGCAUUCACAACAACUGGCUUUGGUGGAUUAAGCAAUAACACAUUCGGUAAAACAAAUAAUACAACAGGAGGGUUUGGUACUGGUUUUGGUUCAACAAAUGGUUUUGGAAAUACCAAUACCACUAGUUUUGGUUCAACUACAGGUGGUUUUGGUAGUGGUAAUAAUACAGGUUUUGGUAGUGGUUUCAGUUCAACAAUAGGUGGUUUUGGUAAUAACAAUAAUACUAAGACUGCUGGUGGAUUUGGUUCAACACCAAGUGGUUUUGGUAAUAACAAUACAUUUGGUAAUACAGGGUUUGGUUCAACAACGACUGGAUUUGGUAAUACUACUAACACAGGAUUUGGUUCAACGUCAGGUACAUUUGGAAAUACUACUGGACUUGGUGGUUUUGGUUCAACAUUAGGUAAUGGACUUGGUAGUGGAUUUGGAAAUAAUAAUACAGGACUUGGUAGUGGAUUUGGAAAUAAUAACAUGGGAUUUGGUGGAGGAUUUGGUAUGACAAAUACUGCAACAGGGUUUGGGAAUAAUGGAGGAUUAGGAAGUGGGUUAGGCAAUCCAUUUGGUAAUGGAUUUGGAAAUAAUAAUAAUGGAGGAUUUAAUUCAAUAAAUAUGAAUACAAUGAAUAACACAAUUCAAACAUCAAAUACAUCACUUUUUGUAAAUGUUGAUUCAAGUAUGAUGGAAUUUUUAAAGAAUAAAAUACAGUCAGAUCGUUUAAAAAAUGCAUUGUCGUUAAAAGAUAUAAAGUAUAAUAAUGAUUUAGAUAAAAUGAUUCAAGAAACACGGUUAAAAAGUUUUUCUUUAAAACAAGUAGAAGAUAAAAUAAGACCUAAAAUAAAUAAAGUAUUUGAUACAACAAUUAAUCAAAUGCAAAUAUUAAGAGAAAAACAAUUACUUGAAGAAAGUAGUAGACAAAAUGAAAAAACUAUUAAAGAAAAAUUAUUUAAAAUCUGUUCUAGUUUUGAGGAAGAAUUUAAUGGUCUUAGUGAUCAAAUUACUGAAUUAAGUAAUAAAGUAACUCCUUUAGUAAAUAAUAUUACUUUACAACAAGCAAAAAUAGCUCUUGAUGAAAAUAGUAAACAAGCUUACCAAAUAAAAGAAAAUGUUGUAUUUAUACAAGAAAGUUUGGCUGAAACAGAACAAAAAAUUGAAUCUUCUUUGUCUCAUUUAUGGAAUCCUAAUUCUUUGAAGUAA